UGGUUCCAGUUAGCUGCGAGAGAUAUGAGUUGUCAAAAGAAGUCUUCGAUCUUCGAAACUUCUAAUCAAGAACACUACAAUACAGUCCAACACAGAGGUAGGUAAAAAUAAACCCUAAUAACUACUGCUUUUACUCCUUCAAAACGAAUCAAGCCAAAUCAAGUCAACCCGAUUAAUUCCUUCUCUCCAUAUCUCUCGAAACCCUAAAUUCCAUCAUUGUAGAUCUUAAUUAAUGGCUUCUUCAGAGAUCGAGAUAGUUGCAGAUACUCAAAACAACCACAACUCAAAUCAAACCAACGGAAGUGCUAUUAAUGUAGUUGAGAUUAAUGAUGUCUUCGCUGCGUCUGCUUACGGUGAUUUAGAAAAAUUAAAGAAAUUUGUGGGGAAAGAUGGUUGUUCUGUUUCUAUACCUGAUGGAAAUGGUUAUUAUCCACUUCAAUGGGCUGCCCUAAAUAAUUUCCCAGAAGUUACGCAAUACAUCAUUCAGCAUGGGGGCGAUGUCACUGCGGUUGAUAAUGCACAGCAGACGGCAUUACACUGGGCAGCAGUUCGAGGAGCUAUUGCUGCAGCUGAUGUGCUAUUGCAAAAUGGAGCACGGGUUGAAGCUGCCGAUAUUAAUGGAUAUCGGGCAGUUCAUGUUGCUGCUCAAUAUGGCCAAACGGGAUUCUUAAACCACAUUAUGGCGAAGUAUGGAGCUGAUUUUGAUACUCCAGAUAACGAAGGGAGAAGCCCUCUUCAUUGGGCUGCUUACAAGGGAUUUGUGGACACUAUAAGGCUGCUUCUGUUUAGAGAUGCCUAUCAAGGGAGACAAGAUAAAGAAGGUUGUACACCUUUGCAUUGGGCUGCAUUACGAGGUAAUGUGGAAGCAUGCACCAUACUUUUACAUGCUGGUACAAAGCAAGAGUUAGUGGUGAAAGACAAAGCUGGACUUACUCCUGCUCAACUUGCUUAUGAUAAAGGUCAUCGAAACGUCGGCUUUAUCCUUUCGAAGGCACAGAGGAGUGGAGGCAAACUCUGCGGAGGCAAAUUUUUCUUGGGGAAGAUAGAAUCUGUAGGAUAUGCCCCUUUUCUAGUGCUCAUUAUAAUCACUCAAGCCAUUCUCUUUCUCAACUCAGUUCUUUUAGCUCCAAAUUUCAGGAAAGUUACUGCUGUCGUCGGACUAUGGGGAUGGACUGCCAUAUCUUUUGCAGUUGCUGCACUUUUGAUGCUUCACAGAUGUGGCAGUAAGGAUCCAGGCUACGUAAAGAAAUCUUCUGGAAAGUCAGAUCCUGCAGAUACAGAGGAUCCAUUGUUGAACAUUGACCUAAACAGUUCCUCUAUUUGGACGGGAAAUUGGUCUCAACUUUGUCCUACUUGCAAGAUAAUCAGGCCAGUUAGGUCCAAGCACUGUCCGACCUGUAAGCGCUGUGUGGAACAGUUUGACCAUCAUUGUCCAUGGAUAUCAAAUUGUGUGGGGAAGAGAAAUAAGUGGGACUUCUUUAUGUUAGUUUGCAUGGGAACCAUGACAGCACUGAUCAGUACUGUUGUUACAGUUCAAAGAAUUUGGACAGAUGUACCUGCAUCACCAACAUCCGGAAGCUGGGUUCAUCAUGUGGUAGCUACACAUCCAGGUGCUGUUGGGUUUCUCGUGAUGGACUCUAUUAUUCUGAUUUGUGUCCUGACACUGACUAUAUCUCAGUCAUCACAGGUAGCACGGAAUAUCACCACCAAUGAGUUGGCAAACAGGGCUCGCUAUGGGUAUCUUCGAAAUCCUGAUGGGAAGUUCAGAAACCCUUAUAACCAUGGAUGCCGGAAGAAUUGCUCAGACUUUUUCAUAAAUGGAUAUACUGAAGAUGACGAGAUUGCAUGGCCGACUUUACAACAAGCCACCAAUUAAUACCACCAUUACCAAGAAAGCUACUCAGAUUUGGCAAUUAGUAACUUACUCCAUGAGAGGACCUCCCUUUCAGUUUGGAGAUGGUCCCAAGAAAGUGACGCAUAAUCCACCAAUACGUGGUACAGAGAUUUGACAACCAUUUGAGUAAUUCGUCUUCAUUGAUAGCCAGCUUUGACUUGGGUGAAUAUACGAUGUUCUGCUGCACGAUUAAGGAUGUUUGUAAAUGUUAUUCUUUCAACAGUUUCAGUGUUUCAGAGACUUGCUUAUGUCAGGAACUGUUCAGGAAGCUGGCCGUGGGUUGUUAAGUGUCUAUGUACCCUGGCAUAUGAUGCUUCUCAUCAUUCUUAUUGUGUAAAAUUGUAAUUCUUAAAACUGAUACAACUCAGUAUAUCUCUAUACUAUAAAUGUACCUUUGAAAAUUCCA